AUGAAUUGUGAGUGUGUUCUCUCAAAAAUGCCGUCCCCACUAAGUCACAGCGUGGACUUUUAUCGUUGGAACACGCUUGCAGCGCACGCGCGCGAGUUCAAAAAUAAUAUUUUUUUGGCGAAAAUUCAAAUGAAAAUUCAAAUUUGAGUUUUUUGCAACAACUCUGUCACGAAAAAUUGCGUUUCGACAUGUUUUAAAGGAUAAAAACGAGAAAAAUAUUUGAAUUGCGAAACCAAAAAAUCCAAAUAGUGCGCCAAAUGAGUGCAAGAUGCGCCAGCAGUCUCCCUUUGGUCUCAUGUCCACACUGCGACUCACUAUCAGUGGUCCCUCCUUUCUUUAUCCAUUUCCCUCCCUCCCAGUCAUCUGUGUGUGUGUGUGUGUGUGUGCGGGAACCUGUUAAGGUGCGCGCGCGCGCGGGGCGCCGAAAUGAAAAUGACCUUGGGAGGCCAUGAAAAUCGCCUUGCCAUCAUCAUACAACACAGCUGCCUCGCGCAAAAAAAAGAACUUUCGCCUCUCUCCCUUAUUUUUUGUGCGAAAAGUUGUGUUCGUGUGUGUGAGACGCAGAAAUGCGGCAAUUCGAGUGGGUUCGCCCCUGGCGCCGUCGCGCAUUUUUUGAAGUUUUUCCCUUCAAUUUUGCCUCCAACGGUACCGGUUCUUAUUCCUUCUUACGGAGGUGCCUUCCGCGCGGAAACUGACCGCGCGGAAGGCCAUUCGAUUAAGUCCCAGUCGACAGUUUCGCUUCGAACUUUAUCGAGUUUUGUUUCGAUUGGGCACAGAUAAUCCAGUGUGCUUUAUCGAGAUAUGCAUCGAUAAAUCACACUGGCAAAGUCUAGUGCUAAAAAUUCCCGUUGAAAAUUAAGCAAGAGAAUUUCAAAAAUUAGACACCCCUCACCUCAUGAUUCAUUCUUAUCUGUCUGAUUAGAGAACGAGUAGAAUUGCAACAGUUGCCUAAAACAUUUAGGCAUUCUACCUAAAUACCUAAUCAGUGUCCAAGUGUGCCUGCUUAAUUCGUUUAGUUUUUUCACUGAAACAGAAAUUAGGCAAACUGAUACUAAAACGUUAUAUUUAAGCUUGUGAGGCCCCUGUAAAUUGUAUCACAACGAUUUUUUUGUUUCCGAAAGUACAAUCCGUCAUGUGGGGGAUUUCACAAAAUUUCUUUCAAGGCCAAAACCAAAAUUGUUUUCUAUUUCAUUUCCCCCAUUCGCUCCCCUCCCCCCCUUCCAUUUCUAUUCUUUUCUUUGUCCAUUCGGAUCCCGGAUCCAGGUCGGUCGAACUUUCCAAAUAGAAAUAGCCGAUUUCACUGUCACUUUCACUCUAUCCGUUCUUCGAAUCUCUCUCCCGAAAAGUGACCGUCUCUCUAGCAAUGAAAAGCGAGGCGGAAAAGGGAAAAGAGACGGUGCAGAAGCGAGAGACGCGGAGUCGGCACGAGAAGAAGCGACGCGAGGAGAUGAACGGCGUGCUGGCCGAGAUGAUGUCCUUGCUGCCAGAAGUCGUGCAGCGCGACGCAUUCAAGUUGCGACGCGUCGACCAGAAACCCAAAAAGCCCGACAAGUGCUUCAUUAUUGGCAACGCCGUCGAGUUUAUCAAGCGACAAGAGACGAUGAAAAGUUUGUCUUUUUUUUUUGUUUUUAGUUGUAUGUACUACCUAGCCAACCAUAGUUCUCUUCUUAAAGUCUAGUAAGCCUUUUUUUUAAAUCUUUUACUAACCAUACAGUCCAAUAGAAUCUUCAAGUUUAGGGCGUAUACUGUCUAAGCCAGAGUCAGUUAUGAACCUGUUUUAUGCGGAAAUGACGAGUACGUCAAAGUAGAGUGAAUGGAUGAAUGAAGAAAGUGAUUUCAUUUGUGAUUUGAUUCGUGUAGUAAUAAUGCAAAUGGACUGUAAGUAGCAAGCCCUUUGACUGUUCAUAGCCAUAUUAAGCCUACUUUGACAAUUUCAAUGAUUCAUACAGUCGCAUCUUCUGAUAUGAUAGCCGCAGUUUAGACGUGUCUAGUCAAGGUUCGUAAAUAGUCCAUAGAGAUACAUUUUUUUGAUAUAUUUUCAACGUUCAACUAGCUUUUCCAAACGUCUUCAGCAGAGUUGAGCGGAAGAACUCAAUGGAAGAACACGGAAGAAUUUUUAUGUUUUUUAGAAAAUUUUUUCAUGAAAUGUUAUCAACUGACGGAAUGUAUAGCAAGGUGAACUGUGCUCAUAGAAAAAUAAUUGUAUUUUUAGCUUUUCAUACAAAAAAGUUAUUCGAGUUGUUCCGUGAAAAAAGGGCUAACGGGGAAGACGGAAGGAAUAACUUUUUUGUAUGAAAAGCUAAAUUUACAAUUAUUUUUCUAUGAGCACAGUUCACUUUUCUAUACAUUUCGUCAGUUGAUCACAUUUCAUGAAAAAAUUUUCUAAAAAAUAUAAAAAUUCUUACGUGUUCUUCCGUUGAGUUUGAGUUCUUCCGCUCAACUCUGGUCUUCAGUGGAUUUCUUCCCACCUAGACGCUCUAGAAAAUCUAAAAAUUUUAGGAAAAAUCCGGGAAUCGUUUUAAUUUUCGUUUCCAGAACCCAAUCUCCUAACCGACACCCUAACUCAAGAAGUGCUGGGACUGACGAACUGCUUCCUGAUCAGCCUGCACAACUUUGUGAUCGCCGGCAUCGAGGGCGAGCAUCGGUCGGUGUUCGACCUGGAAAAGGUGAGACCCAACCCAAAUAGUCAGCUGACUAUUGAGAGUGAUGACGUGCGAGGAAAAAAAAAGAAAGAAGGAAAAAAAAAAGAAAAACAGUCUCAAGGUUAGCUGAGAGAACUGGAAUGACUGGAUUGUCUCAAGGUUAUUAGGACCGCCUCGUUUCACUUUUCGAUAUUGCAGAUCCGUAUGGUCGGCAAGGACAUUCGUUGUUUUCUCGAUUUCGAGUCCGGCACCAAGAUCUCGUUUCUGAGCCUCACACAGCCCAUUCUAGGCCUUCGGUCCUUUAUGGCCAAAUCGAUGACGUGUCGGGUGAAGCAUGGUUUAGAGGUGAGCCUUUUAUCGAUAAGUUUAUGGAUAGAUUUUCGAUAAAAAAUUCUGUUUCCAGUCACCGAUCGACUUUUCGACAGACUGUCAACACUUUUGCUUGCAGAACCCGACAGAAAUGACGCUAAUCUGCAUCCCGGACGCGCCAAUAGUUCCGGCAUUAUCCGUGCCGGCUCCAAGUCCGCCGCCGUCCAAAAUGGAAGUGGAACGGCCGAUUCUGGCGGCGAUGCUCCGACGAAAAGACCCUCCGCCGGCAGAAAUCUCCAGAAAACGACGAGAGGAGUUGGAGGAGAGGGCUCUGCGAAUCGAAAUGGAGAAACGGAAGAAACGCGAUCGCCACGUCAUCACCAGCCAGGCGCAUACGGUAAUUUAAAGGCGCAGCGCCGAAUUUUGGCAUUUUUCAGGAAUAAAACGCGCAUCGUUUUUCUGCAUUUUUGUAAGCCAUAAAGUCGCGAAUCACGCAAAAAUCGCACAAAAGUGUAGAAAAAGUGUGUCGACAAUUCGAACGCGCUUUAUCGUUGACAAGAAUGGCGGAAAAAAUGGAAGCAACAAAAAAAAAUGCGAAAUUGCAGGCGCCGAUAACGUCCGCGUCGAUGAUGCACUCGUCGUCGGCGUCCACGUCCUCGUGCUCGUUUCUCUCUCCGUCUUCCGGCGGCGCCGCCUCGUUGGUGCAUCCGCCGAAAUCGUCGUCGGCCAAAAGAGCGUCGACGUCGGCGUCGAAAGGGCCCGGAUCACGGAAACGGCUGCGCGCGAUGAAUGUGAUCGUGGAGAGUUUUCCGUUGGACGAAAGCGAUGGGAAAACGACGGAAAAGUCGCUGAAAAUCGAUAAAGGCGCAAGUUUUUGGUGAGUUUUACUAGUGAAAGCCAUUUUUGUAAUCAUGGAGCAAAUUCUUUAAUUUUUGACCCACUUGCAAUGUUUCUAUUGGCCCCAAACUUUGUAUAUUGAGCCCAAGUUUCAGACUGAUCCGAUAAUCCGGUCCCGAGAUAUGACGAGAUGUAAUUUUCCCAAAAAGCUUGUGUUUUCGGCCUCAAUUUCACAUAUCUCUGAUGGAAAAAUCGUAUCGAUCUGAAACUUGAUCCAAGUUCAAUAAGCCUGCAAAGUUUGGGCCCGAUCCGAUUAUUGCAAGUGGAACAAAGGUCUUGAAGCCUUCGGAAAACGUUUUGAUCAGGCUCGGAUGUAGAAACGGAGUGUCGUAGCGCGCUUGAUUUAACGAACUUUUGAUAAAAAAAGCGUCCUAAUCACGCUACGCCAGGUCACAAAAGAAUCGAUUUACCAGAGUGAAAAAGCGCGAAACUUUCUCAAUUCAGUUCAACGGCGACGACAACCACGACCACGUCGACGCUGACCAGCCUGCUGCCCUCCAACACCGCCUCGUUCCUCAAUCCGAUCGUCUCGAGCUCGACGAUCGGUCUGAGUCCGUACGAUGUGUUGGCGCCCGGAUACAGAGAUGUGGGUUACGAGUCCCGGCUUCCGUAACUCUCUCAUUUCUUCAGAUUUGGCUGCGACUGCAAAGUGAGCGUCUUCUUUUGGAAGAGCGAAUAGUCGCCAAGGAGGGAGAGCUCAAGAAUUUGAUGUUGACCGCCCGCACGGUGCCACCGUACUUUCCGCCGCCCACGCUUCUCGCCAUCCCUCAAUACACCAUUCCUCAGUCGACUAUCGACAUGAUUACCGCUCAGCAGCCGUGA